AUGGCGCCCACGCCCUCCUUCCUCUUCGGCGCCGCCCCGGAGGACACGCCGGCGGCUGACAUGUCGGCCCAUGCCAUGGUGCCAGACCUCUCCGACGCGGUGGCGCGGGCGAGGCUGCGCCGGCAGGCGGCGUCCGGGCCGGGGAGGCAGCAGGCGGCCUCCCGCGGCGGGGCGCUGCCCAGGAAGACCCCGCAGCGCGGCCUCGGCGUGGCGGAGCUCGAGCGCCUGCGCUGCGGCGGCGUCGACCCGCUGCGCGACCUCAACGCCGCGGCCGCGGCCGCCAUGCUGGAGGCCGCCGCCGCCAACCUGCAGGCGCAGGGCAACUCCGUCGUCCUGCAGCACCACCACGACUACCUGCCCGCCUUCGACGCCGCCACCGGCUCGCGCUACUACUCGCCGCUCCUGGUCCAGCCGCCGCCCGCCCCUCCGGCGCCGCAGCCGCAGCCGCAGGCUCCCGUCCGCUACGUCCAGGGCAUGGCGCCCGAGCAGCAGUACUUCAUGGACCGCUGGGACCGCAUGGGGGGCUUCGUCCCGGCGGGCAGUGGCCACCAGCCGCAGCUCCAGGUGCCGGCGCCAGAGUGCCCUUCAAGCCAAAGCACCAUCUGGCGUCCGGCGUGCUCCUCCGCCUCCUGCGGCUGCCUCCACGCGGGCCAACGCUGCGACCUCUGCUCCAAGAUGAUGGUGGCCAUGGCAGAUAGAGGAACAAGGAGCCCUGCCACCGCCACCGCCAACGCGCCAUACUACUCCAUCUACGAUCUCGCCGCCACCAUGGCCAUGACCGCCGCUUGCAAGGAGACGACCGGACAAGGGUUCUUGGCACCGGAGGGGAGGAAGGAGGUGCGGGAGAUCGAGUUCUUCCCGACGAGGGUCACCAGCCACGGCGGUCCAGACGAGUCAGAGCUGCGUAGGACGCCGCCUUCCUCCUCCUGGCCGUCCGGCGGCGUCGGUGGCUCCCUGGACCUGUCCCUGAGGCUCUAG